AUGAACGGAUCGGGAACCAUGACCAUGAUGACCGGAGGCGUGGGCACGACGAACACGGGCGCCGGGUUUGACGAGUGGUUUUUCCCAGAUCCCAGCGGCCGAGGCAGUGGCAGUGGCAGCGGCGUUGGCAGCGGCGUUGGCAGCGAAGCGAGCGCGGGUCACGUGCCCAGCACUAGCACCGGCGCCGCCGCCGAGGCCGGGACCGGUCCCGGCUGGGGCCCGGAGAUGGGCGGCAGCUGGUACGCGGCCGGCCCCGGCUCCGGAAGCAGAAGCGGUUCCGCGGAGCAGCCCGCGGCGGCGUCGUCGUCUGCCACGACGACGCCUGCGGGCUCGCCAUUGGACCAGUUCUCGUCGCUGUUCGAUUCCCGCGGCGGCCUCGCGGCCGCGACCGCGAUCACCCUCGACGGCAGGGGCUCCGACUCGGACGCGCUGCUGACGGCAAGCGCAAGCGACUCCGGCUCGCCCGCGCGGGUGAAGCGCGAGGACGGCGCUGAGGUCGCGGCAUACGGCCGCCAGCCGCCGCUGCUGCCGCUGGCGGAGCUGGACGGGUUUGCAGACCUCGAGGAGGCCGUCGGCCUGGUGCGCGGCUCGUCGGGCCGAGCAGCCGAGCAGCUGCCGCCGCCGCCGCCACCACAGCAGCACCAACAGCAGCAGCAGGAGCAGCAGCAGGAGCAGCACCACGAACCGCACCUGCACCACCAACAACAACGCAAGCGUCGCGCGCCUCGCAAACGGCUCACCGCCCACCAGAAGGAGGCCCAUAACAAGAUCGAGAAGCGCUACCGCAUCAACAUCAACACCAAGAUCGCCAAGCUCCAGCAGAUCAUCCCAUGGGUGGCCUCCGAGGAAACGGCGUUCGAGGUGGGCAGCAACGGCGCGGCCAAGGCCGCCGCCGCCGCCGCCGCCGCGCCCAAUGGCUCCUCGUGCAGCUCGGACACGCCCUACGGCGGGUCGGACUCUGCGCUGGCCGGCAAGAUCACCGACGUUUUGGCCACGCCUAAGCUGAACAAGAGCAUGAUUCUCGAGAAGGCGGUGGACUACAUUUUGUAUCUGCAAAACAACGAGAGGCUGUUCGAGAUGGAGGUGCAGAGACUCAAGAAGGAGCUGGAGCGUUCCAGGCAGCGCGACAGCUAG